GGAGAUCGCGAUAAAUGGACUGUAUAUUUCAUAAGUUUCAUAGAUUCACGCGGAUCGGACGUCGCACGGAAUUGUAGUUGACUAACUGACUAAUUCUUAAUGACUAUUUCACGUAAUAAUAGCAGAAACAGCAGUGAUAGUCGAAAUAUAGCAGAAAGACUGAUUAUAGCCUGAAUUGUAUUGAUAACCUAUUGCAUUGACAACCCAGUGUUUGAAUUAGAUAACUGAUGUGAGAUGCACUCAGUGAUUGUAGUUACGCGCUCUGCUUAUCACGCACUGAUGCACAUAUGAAACCCAUUCUUGAAUAACGCAAUGUUGAAUUUUAUAUAUUGUUUUUACCAACGCAUUGACUUUGUCGCACUCACUUCCCCGUUCACGACGAGCCUGCUUUAUAGGAAAGUGAUGUUACUCUCGUUACCGUGACAAUGGUUCAUACGAUGGCGAUUGGGUGAUGAACGAAAUGAAUGGGAUCGGAUUACGAAUUUAUCCAAGCGGUGCUCGUUACGUGGGUCAGUGGAAAAAUGGUGUACGCGACGGUGUCGGUACUAUGGUCUGGUCUAAUAGAAAUCUUUAUCGUGGGGAAUGGAAAUGCGGUGCAAUGAAUGGAUAUGGAGAAUACGUAUGGAAUGGAUUUUUUAAUAAAACGUUUACUUGGCCACAAGAAGCAUCAUACAUAGGUCACUGGCGUCAUGGAAUGCGUCAUGGCAAAGGAGAGAUAAAGUUGAAUUCUGUCGGUGGGGCUAAGUAUUCUGGUUAUUGGAAAGAUAAUAAGAAACACGGUUACGGAAUUAUAAUUGGAAGUAACGGGGAAAAGUUUGAGUUUGAUCCACUAUUUUUAAAUGAUAUUUUGUACGCUCCUAAUGUCGUAGCCGAUAAUUUAGAAAAUGAAAUAGAAACAAAGAAUGAAAAAGAAUGCGUGCGUACAGUCAAAGAAAUAAAACCAUUAUUUAUUGAGAAACCUGACCAAUUAACAGAAACCUUGGCAACUCCUAUUCUGAAACCAGAACAGUUUCUAGAUUUAUUUUAUUAUAUAGCUCGUCUACUAGAUCCAAAGAGUUUGGAACCAUCUCUUGUACUUUCGACUUCAUCUGGAAAAUGUUACAGUUGUGAAAACGAAUCCUGUUCUUGUUUGACACAUUCAGUUUCAAUCGAUGCAACUACAAGUGAAGAGAAUGAUAUUUCACAAACAAAUGCAUCUAAAGAGAUGAUAGACUCUAAUUGGAGAUAUGAAGAACGCUGGACAUACAGUUGUUUAAUGUUUCAUAUGUUUCGUUUACGUCAAAUUUACAAUGAUUAUGCGAAAUUAUUUGCCAAGUCAGCGCCAAAAUGCAAUCUUGCAAUGAGUAAAUUGUGUUUAUGGCAGUUAUGGAGGGAUUGUGGUAUUCAUGAAAAAGGAUUUAGCCUCGUUGAAAUUGAUAGUUAUAUUGCGAAAAAUGAAAUUACUGGGAUAAAGGAUCCUCAUCAUCCAUUCGAAAAGAUUGAGAUCUGGCAAUUUUUACAUGCAUUAUUAGAAACUUCAUGGCAUUUGUAUACUAAACACAACGACAUAGAAAUCGAAGAAAUGAAUGGAAAACUUGCCGGAGGUUUGCACAGAUUUUUAAAAAAUGACGUAUAUCCUCAUGCUGGCAAUCAUAUUGGUAGUUUAUGUUACGAAAAUCAGGAUUUACUGCCUAUAUACUGUGUCUUUGAAUUGUAUCAACAAAUUGGAUAUCCACCUUCUGCGAGAGAUCUUCUUCGAGCAACGUGCAAUUUAAAAGGUACGGCAGAUUCUUCGACUACCGUUGAAGCUAUGAAAAAUUUUCCGGAUGGAAUUAAUUUUGUCACAGUAGGUGAAAAAGUCAGUUACUUACUGAAACUUGAUGACAUUUUCGUAUUACGUAAUUGUAUGAUUAAUGUAUCAAGAAAAAAUGAAAAUAAUCUAUAUACUAAUGAAUUAUUAGUCUUUGGACAACUAGGGAUUUCAAAGAUAACAGAAAUUAUGACACUAAUAUGCCCUGGAAUAAAAGACGCAAGCAGUGGUAUAAUUAUAAAUAUGGAUUAUAAGUUAACUUUUCUUGAAUUCUAUGAAAUAAUACUAGAGGCAACAAAGGAGUUACUCUCUUUAAAAAAGAAGACCGUCAAAUUAUUGCAUAUGAAAAAGAUUGAGGAGGAAGUAGCUUCAUUCAAAACCAAUAAUCUACAAAGAAGAGACGAUUCUCAAGUUAGUGAACAGUCUUCGAUCAAGAAGAUUUCUAAAAUCAAAAAAGGAACUUUAAUAUAAUUUAUUCAGAUGAUAAUAAUAAAAUCUAGUUUCACUUCUGUCGUGCGAAUCAUAUUGUAUUUUUAAUUUGCUUCACAUUAAACAUUCGAAACAAUCGGGAUUAUGUUAAACAAAAUUGAGCAAUUUUUAUUGCAUUUUAGUUUAAAUACAUAUUUAUAGUAUGCAAACUUGCAAUUAAAAUA